ACCAAACAAAGUCUAACGGACCCCAGAAGUUAUGAACAGUCAAAUCGAAAAAGCGUUAUAUCAAACCUACUUUUCCUUUUUCUAAAAAAAAUAAAAAACCUUUAGCUUUGAUUUUGAGGUUUUGCGUGGCUAAUUGGUUAGGUUUUGUUUCAUUUGCAUUAGUAAAUUGGGACUUUAAUAGUAUUCUAGUUCUGAAAUUUCAGCUAGGUUUACCGGCGCACAUUUGAUGGAUUUUUUCCUCAAAUAUGUUGUUUUAUUUGUUGUUGACAUUUGCAUUAUUGCUUAUUCGAUUGUUCUAGCAAUUUAGGUGUUUUUGAAUUGAUGGCGGAUAGAAACACGGCCGCUUCAAAGCCUAUAUGGAUGAAACAAGCCGAGGAAGCCAAGCAAAAAACUGAGGCUGAAAAAGCUGCUGCUGCUAAAGCAGCUUUCGAAGCCACAUUCAAGGAUGUUGAUAAGAACCGUAACAAGGAUGUGGUGGCUGCUUCAUCGGAUAGUGAAUCCGAGGACACCGGUGACUUGGUGAACAAGCCAAUUGGUCCCGUGGAUCCCGUUAAUUGCAUGGCAGCGGGGCCAGGAAUAGCGGGUGGCACUGCCUGUGCUGCCUCCACGUUUAUGGUGGUAACGAGAGAUGCAGAUGAAAGGAAAGUACAGAGUGGGGGUGCGCAGAUUAAGGUGAGGGUUUCGCCCGGUGUGGGUGUUGGGGGCUCAGAACAGGAUGGCAUUGUGAAGGAUAUGGGAGAUGGGACUUACUCUGUAACUUAUGUGGUGCCUAAGAGAGGGAACUAUAUGGUAAACAUUGAAUGCAAUGGGAAACCCAUCAUGGGUAGCCCAUUCCCGGUGUUCUUCAGUGCAGGUACGUCUACCGGAGGACUACUAGGGGUGGCUCCUGCAUCCACAUAUCCAAAUCUAGUAAACCAAACCAUGCCCAACAUGCCAAACUAUACAGGUUCUGUUUCUGGAGCUUUCCCAGGCUUGUUGGGAAUGAUCCCAGGCAUUGUUUCUGGCGCUUCAGGUGGUGCUAUAUUGCCAGGAAUGGGGGCAUCUCUUGGGGAAGUUUGUCGAGAAUACCUCAAUGGCCAUUGUCCUAAAACUGAUUGCAAAUUGAACCAUCCUCCUCACAAUUUGCUGAUGACUGCUUUGGCUGCAACAACCAGCAUGGGAACUCUUAGUCAGGUACCUAUGGCACCUUCAGCAGCUGCAAUGGCUGCAGCUCAGACUAUUGUUGCUGCUCAGGCCCUUCAAGCUCAUUCAGCUCAGGUGCAAGCACAAGCUCAGUCAAUUAAAGAUUCAUCUGAUUCUCCUGACAAAGCUGGGAAGGCUGAUGCAUUGAAGAAAACCCUACAAGUUAGCAAUCUUAGCCCACUUCUCACAGCUGAGCAGUUGAAACAGCUUUUUAGCUUCUGUGGUUCUGUUGUCGAGUGUACAAUCACUGAUUCAAAACAUUUUGCUUAUAUAGAAUACUCAAAACCUGAGGAAGCAAUGGCCGCUUUGGCAUUAAACAAUAUGGAUAUUGGUGGUCGACCAUUAAAUGUGGAGAUGGCUAAAACGCUUCCUCAGAAACCAGCUAUUUCAUCAUUGACAUCAUCGUCUCUGCCUAUGAUGAUGCAGCAAGCUGUUGCCAUGCAACAGAUGCAAUUCCAACAGGCUUUGCUUAUGCAACAAACCUUGACUGCUCAGCAGGCAGCUAAUCGAGCCGCAAGCAUGAAGUCUGCAACAGAGUUAGCUGCGGCAAGAGCUGCCGAAAUAAGUAAGAAGCUAAAAGCUGAUGGACUUGUUAAUGAAGAGAAGGAAAUCAAGAGUGAAUCUAGGUCACCAUCUACUUCCCGUGCAAGGUCAAGAUCAAGAUCCAAAUCAAAGUCACCCCUCAGUUAUCGAAGACGGUCAAGGUCAAAGUCAAGAUCACCAAUCAGCUAUAGGCAAAGGAGGAGGUCUCACUCUUAUUCACCUCCACCUCGUUUCCAGCGAGACCGUAGGUCCAGAUCACCUGAGCAGUCUCAUCAUCGUUCAAGGUAUGAUAGUGAAAGACUGUCAUAUAGAGAUCGAAAUGACAAUGAUAGGAGUAGGAGAAGAGAUCUGGACAGAUCACAUGAUCCUCGUUCUUCUAUUUUGAGGAGAAAUAGGAGUAGGAGUCCUCAAAUAAGAAAAUCACUUGCUGUAGAUUCAGACUCCCCAAAACAUAGCCGAGAAAGUUCACCAAAGGUGAGGAGAUCAUCCCGUCCUGGUUCGAGAUCGCCAAGGCAUCGUAGAAGAAGGUCAUCUCCAAAGGAUGAUGAAAGAAAAUCAAAAUGCAGAAAGCGCUCUAGGUCAAAAUCUGUCGAUUCUGAUAACAAAAAGGAUGAAAAAUCAAAGCACCACAGCAGAAGGCGCUCCAGGUCAUUAUCUUCAGAAGGUAAGCAUCGAAGAAGCAGGUCUUCUGCAAGUUCAGAUGAUAACAAAUCAAAAUACAGACGGCAGACCUGGUCAGUUUCUCCGGAAGGCAAGGUUCGCCCCCACAGUAAAAUUGAUGAAACAAAAAAUGAUGAGUUGAAACAUAGUCAUAAAAGGCGAUCUCGGUCUAUAUCUACUGUAGGUAGGCAGUACGCCAAAGAGAGGAGUGGUAGAAGUAGAGAUAAGAAGUCUAACCAUCGGGAUAGAAGGCAAUCGAGGUCAAGAUCUGCUGACCGCAAGCAUCCCAAAGGAAGCAAGCUGUCCCCCAGAAAUUCAGAUGAGAAAAAAUCAAAACACCAAAGGCGCUCUAGGUCAAAGUCUACUGAAUUCAAGCAACUUUCCAUUGAUAAAACGGAUGAAAGAUCAGAAUGCUGUGCGGAAAAACAUUUUUUAUCUGCUGAAGAUAGGCCUCCUAGAGGAAGAAGAUCUUCUCCAAGAAGUUCUGAAGACAAUGAUUCAAGACCAAGAAGGCGCUCUAGGUCAAAGUCUGCUGAAGGGGAUGAAGGAAUGUUGGUUUCAAAAGAGGGCUCCAAGGUUUCUGUAAAUGAUGGUCAGGAAUCAAAGAGAAAAUGUUUUCUGCACUUUGGUAAUGCUGAAGGACUCUCACCAAAUAAAAGGUCGGAUGCAGAAGAAGCAAACAAACUUGAAAGAUCAAGUGAAUUAGAAAAUCAUUCAAUUUCUCCUCAGCCGAAAUGAGUUGUGGGCUUUAUGUGGAACUGGAAUUUGGGGAUUUCUGUGAUCAAAUCUUUUCCAAGCUGUUUGACUUCUGAGUCUCUAGUUUAGGCGUGUUUCAGCUCAAGCCAAGCUUGUUCAGAUAUGAUCAACUUAUUUAGAGUUUAAUGAGCUUUUGGCUCUUAUAUGAAUGGCAGCUCUAAGAGAUUGCUUAGUGUUUAUUUUGGUGCUCAGGUUUUUAGCCAUUUUUUGGUUCUUCAUAUGUGUAUGCCCUUUGUGCUCUUUUUUGAUCCUUUGCAGGAAUGUGGAACAGGUUGUAAUUGAAGUCUCUGAGAUGUCAUUUACUAUGGAUAAAGUAUUCCAAGCUGUGUUCUGCUUUCUUCUGGAAUCAACCAUGCAAUGUUUGUAGCAAGCUUCUUUUACUGCUAGAUGCAUGUUGGACCAUUAUCUCCAUUUCUGAACUGUGAAUUUAAUUUUUGUUUAUUUGAAAGUUCGAUUCCUUGUUUCCAUUAACUUUGCCUCUGUAUUGAAUUAUUUAGAAACUCAUGUACUAGCAGGUGUGCAUGUACCUGAAGUCAUAUGUCCUCCAAUCUGUUGAUUGUAGAAUAGGGGCUUGUUACUGUCAGUCUAGAAAAUAAGUGAUCCAUGUUGGGAAGCUAGAUCUUACUGUAGGCCUCUUUGAUCUGCCUUUUUGGUUACUGAUUCUUAUUUUCUUACAGCCACCUCUGCCUUCUAGCAGUCUUUAUGUUCUACAACUAUUGUCCUUUCUUUGAUGAACUUGAUCAUAGGUUCCAUUUUUCUUUUUUGCCUUAGAUGGUCUGGAUGGCCUGUUAUAUCCCUACUCAUGCAGGUUUUAUAAAUGGUGUUCUUGCUGAAGCUGUUCAAUGAUAAUUUUUGGAGGGUUGGUUUUUAAUUAAUCUAUGUGAAGGUAUGCAGUUGCUUUGUGGUAGAGAGCUAAUGCUAUUAAAUUUCUAUUGAUAAUUUUGAAAUUUGUUUAGCGUUGAUUGAUAGAAAUAUGAAUGAAUGCAUUUCUCUGCUGCUGUCUGCAAUUCUUUGUAACUUUCCUUUUUAUUUUUAUUUUAAUUGUGUUACCAACCUGGUUCUUUAUCUAGUCCCACUUUUUUACUUUCCUCGUUUUGUUUUGUUUUGUUUUCAUUUUGUUGUUUUUCCUCCUUUCCAAGGAAAGUUGUUGGCGAAAGCUACUUUAAGGUCCUGUGUAACCAGAUUCCUUUGGGAUGAAUGUCUCUGUUUGAUCCCCAUGACAGAUUGGUUAAUCACUUAAGUUCAUGGUUUGUCACAGGUAAUCUUCUAUGCCAGUGUUAGGCUAGUUCUGUUUUAUAAUACUACUAAAUAGCAAGUUAAAAUUGCUUGCACUUUGUCUCCUAGAUAGAUAGAUAUUAAUUCUUUUGCUAUGGUAACUUAAACUUGCUUCUGGUCAAUCAAAAUUCUGUUGAUCAACUGAAGCAAUUUGUAACCUUUAGCACUCUGCUUUAUCUCAUGGUCACACUGGGAAAACUUCAUCUAACCACUAUCAGGUUCCUAUUUGGGAUUUGAGACAUUAUUUGGUCAUCUCAUUGGAGCUAGGUCUGUGCUAGUUUAAUCAUUUAGAAUUUAAACUCUUAAGAUACUUUGUUUUGGUUGAAGAUUGCAUAUGCUUUUUGCACUCAAGGAGAAAAGGCAUAACUCGCUCAUCUUUUCCACC